CUCAUCAUAGGAAGAGCGGAUGCGGGAAAAACCACCAUCCUCCAGAGGGUUUGCAAUGCGCGGGAGAACCCAGAAAUAUAUAAUAGCAUUGGGGGAAAGGUGCGGAGCAUGAUACUAGAAAUUGGAGGCCGCUACUAUAUCGAGAAUGAAAUGGUGUUUCGGAACAACCCAAGAUUUGUCUUCCACGAUUCACGA